AUGGAAGAUGAGGCGAUCCGCAUAGACAUAAAAGCAUUGACAGAGAUUAGCGAAGAUGGCCUCUUGUCGCCUUUGUGUUGUAUCUACAGCGUGCCCACAACGAUUCGUCUUCUAAAUGAGCGAGCUUACACUCCUCAGGUUGUUUCCAUUGGUCCUUUCCAUCACGGUGAUAUGAGGCUGCAAGAAAUGGAGAGGCAGAAAAAAAUAAUGUUUAAAAGAUUUGUCCAAAGAGCUAUGAUAGACUCAGACAGUUUGGUUAAUUUAGCAAUACAGUCUGAACCAAAGAUUCAAGCUCACCCAGAAGACGAUGCUAAAGUCUCAAAAUCAUGGUUGGAGGAUGCUAUAUUAAAUGAUUUGGUUUUACUUGAGAAUCAACUUCCAUUCUUUUUCCUUGAAGAGUUAUAUGAUAUAGCCUUUCCACAUAACAACAGAGGUGAUCUCCCUUCAUUUAUUGUGCUCACAUAUUCGUACUUUGACAAUUUUAACAUGCAAAAUUUAGAGCCUAAUCACAAGACAAAGCAUUUCACAGAUCUUUUGAGAUUAUUUUGCUUACCGAGAGCCCAAGUAGAAAGAAAAUCCUUCGCAAUGUAUGGAUCUGAUACGCUUAUGUAUAGCGCAAAUGAGUUACAUGAGGCAGGAGUGAAGUUGAUGGCAAGCACAAGCAAGUACUUUCUAGACUUGAAAUUUUCAAGUCCUUUUCUUGAGAUUCCUCCAAUUUAUGUUGGAGAUAUGACUGAAACUUUGUUCUGCAAUUUGAUGGCUUUAGAACAGUGUCAUUAUCCAUUUCAACCAUAUUUUUGUGACUAUAUUUUUUUAUUGGAUAUCUUAAUCAAGACAAAUAAAGAUGUGGAGGUUCUUGCUCAUGAAAAGAUUAUUAACGGCUGGCAUGGUGAUGCCAAUGAGGUUGCUAGAUUAUUUAACGGUUUUGGGAAAAAUAUAAUUCAACCCAAUCUCAAUGUUGAAUACCUUAACAUGUCCAAAGGGUUGAAUGAGUUUUAUGAAGAUCCGUGGCACAAGAGAAAGGAAACUUUGAGGAGAGAUUACUACAACACACCUUUGCAAACCAUGGCUUCUAUUGCUGCAAUCAUGCUUCUAAUCCUCACCAUCACUCAAAGCAUAUGUUCCAUCCUCCAAGUAGUAUAA